AUGGACAGUGCAUUCAGUGCAGCAUACGACCGGAUAUCGACGGUGAAUGUUUUUGGUGUAAAAGAUGGCGAUGUAGCUUUCUUUAUGCGUCACAAAACUAAUGCUGAAGGCUUCGAUAAAGCCGUAAUGUCAGUUUACAAGAAUACAGACGUCUUCCACGUUGGCCUCAUUUGUUGUCAAGGUUCUUCACUUGUUCAAGCUACGCCAAACAAUGGUGUAACUGUAGAAGAUAUUGAUACAGCAAUUAAACAAACAAAUGCUGACUAUGUGGAAGUAUGUUCGGUAAAUCAAAGUGAUGAAGAUGGAGGAAAAGUUGCCAAAUGGGCCAUAAACCAAGUUGGCUGCAAGUAUAAUGAUAUAUUUUCUCCUGAAUGUCGUGAUUCAAACGGUGCAACAGCUUUUUAUUGUUCUCAGCUGGUUGUUGAGGCUUAUAAACGGUGCACUGAUAUACGUUUGUGCGCAGAUUAUAAAUUAAAUUUUUGUGACAUCAGCGGUAAUUAUCUUAGACAAUGGGUCGAAUAUUUCUGUAAAAAAAAUGUAAAAAUACCACAAGGUGAACCAGGAAGUCAUCCGGGUUGUUUACUCGAGUCACUUACAUCACAGCUUCGUAUCAAGAUUCAUAGCCGAAUGGCAAAACUGUUUUUAAAUCGAGAAGUGAAUGCAGCUCUACACUUCCUGGGUGGUGAACUUCUAACAAAAUGUUCGGUAGCUGAUGAGAAUCUAAUAAUUACGGCAAUUCAACAUGCAAGAGAAGCACAACAACAGUGGAUGAACAUCAGUCCGCAGCAACGAGGAGCUGUGCUCAGAAAGGCUGCAACCGUCAUUCGCGAGUGCAUUGAUGAUUUGGCUUACUUGGAAACCUUGGACUGUGGGAAACCACUGUAUGAGUCACGAAUGGACAUGGAAGUUUGCGCUGAAACAUUUGAAUUUUUUUCUGGAGUACCACAUAAUCUGGCUGGUUCGCACUUCGUGUUGUCAAGUGACCAGUAUGCCUAUACUGAGAGAGUUCCUUGGGGAAUUGUCUGUGCUAUUGGUGUGUGGAACUACCCCAUGCAAACUGCUUCAUGGAAAUUAGCUCCUGCGCUGAUGUGCGGCAAUGCAGUCAUAUAUAAACCAUCAGAAUUAGCACCGGUUACGGCAGUUGCACUUGCUGAGAUUUUGCACCAUGCAGGACUGCCAAGCGGCGUUUUAUCGGUGUUGCAGGGCGAUGGUGCUGUAGGCAGCAGUAUUUGCAGUAGCCCUGAAAUAAAUAAAAUUAGCUUCACUGGGAGUACAGCCACUGGAGCAAAGGUAUACUCUAAAGCUGCAGUAGAAGGCAUGUUGAGACCCGUGACCCUCGAACUUGGAGGCAAAAGUUCACUUAUUAUUUGUGGUGAUGCUGAUUUAGAUUCAGCAAUUACUGGAGCAAUGAUGGCAAAUUUUUAUUGUCAAGGAGAAGUCUGCUCUAAUGCGUCAAAAGUGUUGAUUCAUAAGUCAAUUUACGAUGCGUUUCGUGAGGGUGUUGUUGAUGCUACUAAAAAAAUGGUAGUUGGUGACCCACUGGAGGAGAGUACACGUUGUGGUGCAAUGAUAAGUCUAGAACAUAGGGCUAAAGUAUUGGCAUUUGUCGAAGAAGCCAGAAAGGAGGGCGCGCUUAUAUUAUGUGGUGGAACAACUUUCGAAGUUCCCGGUUGUGAAGGUGGCUUUUUUAUGCUCCCUACUGUCAUUGAGAACAUAAAGAAAGAUAUGCGUAUUUACAAAGAAGAAAUUUUUGGGCCUGUGAUGCUUUUAAUCCCAUUUUCGACUUUAGAGGAAGCUGUUUGCAUGGCAAAUGACACACCUUACGGGCUCGCAAAUGGGAUAUUUACCAAGGAUAUUGCAGUCGCCUACCAAGUAGCUUCGCAGUUGCAGUCUGGCAAUGUCUACGUGAAUACCUACAACGAUACAAAUCCAAUGGUUCCAUUUGGUGGCAUGAAACAGUCGGGAUUUGGUCGCGAAAAUGGUGUGGCAGCAAUUGAAGCUUUCUCGCAGUUAAGAAGUGUUUUCGUGAAUGUUGCAAGUGAGUUGAAGAACCCUUUUAUCUCGUGA